ACAUUUCUCUUCAGUUUCUGAGAGUAACUUAUCUGCUUACCGACAAUGGCAAGAACUAAGCAAACCGCCCGUAAAUCCACCGGAGGCAAAGCUCCAAGGAAGCAGCUCGCCACUAAAGCUGCCCGUAAGAGCGCUCCUGCCACCGGCGGCGUCAAGAAACCUCACCGUUACAGGCCCGGCACCGUGGCUCUGCGCGAGAUCCGUCGUUAUCAGAAGUCCACUGAGCUGCUGAUCCGCAAACUGCCCUUCCAGCGUUUGGUCCGAGAAAUUGCUCAGGAUUUCAAGACCGAUCUGCGCUUCCAGAGCUCCGCUGUCAUGGCCCUGCAGGAGGCCAGCGAGGCUUAUCUGGUCGGUCUGUUCGAAGACACCAACCUGUGCGCCAUCCACGCCAAGAGGGUCACCAUCAUGCCCAAAGACAUCCAGCUGGCUCGCCGCAUCCGUGGAGAGCGCGCUUAAACUUACUUUUUACGCAUUAAAACCCAAAGGCUCUUUUCAGAGCCACCUCAAUUAUACAUUAACAAGACUAUUUCCGGUAUUUUGAGUAUUGAAUGAAAUGCUUCCAAAUAUACUUUAUUUUAUAAUUAAAGCAGCAAAUUGUUGAUUGAACAUGUAUACUAGGUUAACGAGACAACAUGGGACAUUGACCGUUUGAAUGAGAUGUAUAUUGUUACAUUCAACCUAUGAUAUAGGACAUAUUUGGUAAUUUCUUUUGUUAACUUAUGCUUGUUUAAUAUAUCACACACUUAGUCUUUGCUACCUUCACACUCUCUCUGACCAUCCUUCACUCACUGUGUUUUUGGAACACAAUUGAAGAAUGGUUUCCAUCAUGUAUAGCACAGUUUGAAUUAUAAAUGAUUGAAUGUACAGUGCUCAGCAGAAAUGGCUACACUCCUCAAAGGUCUCUUUAAAUUAAUAUUUUCUACAGGAUGGAAUAUAAUAUUUAUCAGACAAGUCAGUACCAAAUGCCAGAACUAGAUUAAUCAGGGGUUGCCACAGCGGAAUGAACCUGACCUUUGACCUAUUUACAGGCCUAAGUAAAGCCAUGAUUGGUUAGUGAUAAUCAGUUAUUAAACAAUUAGUGUUUCCACAUUUGAAAAGUGUGUGUGUGUGAGAUCUGGUGAAUAAGAGUAGCAUUUCGAUUGGUUGUGUUUGGAAAAAAAGCAAGUCACUUCCUUUUAGAUUGUUGUGUUUUAGGUAGAGAAUUGUGUGAAAUAUUUUUUAAAAAAAAGUGUUUCAUGCUAUUGUCAAAAAAUGAGAAAUAGCUUAAGGUUUUGGAGAUUUGGUAAUAAAUGUAACUGAUCAAUAA